CUCAUUACAACCUACAGGGUGGAUUACAACACUUUUAGGCGAAGAAAGCUUGCCAUAAUCUCUGUUUCAAGGUCUCCUUACUAAAUCAUCAGCAUGAAUUACUCCAUCGCCUUUGUGGUGGCUUUGAUUUUGUGCUCUUUGCCAGGAGUCCGAGGGAUAACAUGCAAGUUAUGCAUACCAGAUGAGAAGACUUUUAAAGUCUGCGACAAAGCGUCCGAACAGGUAGAAGUAGACUGUGAUGUUCAGCCUCCACCAGAGAAUCUGACCCAGCUAUGGGAAAACCGGACAUAUGAUGCAUGCUAUACAGCCCAAAUUGAAGCACUCGCCUUGGGGAAAACAUUCAAGACCUUUGUUUUUGGCUGUGGUGUUAAGGUGAAUUCCUCCAGUGCCUCGGUUGUGAACUGCUCAUUAACUCAACAAUACGUUUGUGCAGACGCAAAAGCAAGGGCAGGGCAAUUAGCGGAGAUCAAAUCCUGCAGCGUGGAAUGCUGUGACACGGAAGCAUGUAAUACUCACCCCACCGUUGCCCCAUCCUCAACUAAGGCCACAAUUACACCUACAGGCGGCACAGACCAAGCACGAUCGUCCCGAUUUGGGUUUCUUCUCGUAUUUCUUGUCUACCUCAUGGAAAGUCUUUUUCAAUCAGCCUAACUGCCUCUCCGAACCAUCGUUUGAUCAUUUUAAUGUGUAAUUGUUGCUGCAUAGUUUCAAAGCGCAAUUGGUGCAUCACUAUUUAGCGCUGAAAUUCGUCUGUAUUCGAAUAUAUUACAAUCUUGCUGACAAUGAAUUUCUGUAAGGGACAGUUCAUUAGAAAUUAAAGGUAUGACUCACAACUUUGUUAUCAUAUAAACGAAUUUUGAGGUCUGGUAAGUUUUCCUCCAUGUCUUGCAUGUGAUGACUACUUAGGGAGAAUUAUGGGUAUUUGUUAAGUUCAUUUCGAUUGCAAUUUUUUUUUUGUUUUUCGUUGCAUAUCCUAAAAUUGACUGAUUGAUUGAUUGAUCAAUUGAUUGAUUAUUUGAUUGAUUGUUUGAUUAAUUAAUUGAUUGAUUGAUUAAUAGAUUGAUUGGUCUAUUAAUUUAUUGAUUGAUUAAUCGAUCGAUUGAUUAACUCGUUCAUUGGAUGGUGGAUGAAUAUAUUGUUUAACGAAGGCCUCAUAUUGUAUCUUUUAAAUUUUAAAAACAUUAGGAUAAAAAAAGAAAACAUUUUCAUAGCUCUAAAUUGCACGAGGAGCAACUGAAAAAUGCACUCGCACUUAUUACAAUUAGAUUUGCACCCUGGACGAGUAAAUCUGCAUUUUUGUGGGUUAUUGUCUCGUUGUCAAGAUUAUUGAGUUACAUCUGCAGUAUUUUUCUUUUUUCAAGUUUAUAACUAAUAUUUUUUCAAUUUUGUUGCAGGUUUUUCUUUUUACGUAUAAGAUAAAAAAAUUUGAAACAUAAGUCUGGCCAUGAUAAAUCCUCUAGAUAAAUAUAUAUACACUUAGUUCAAACGUUAAUGCUUACUAGUGGAUAAAGAGAAACGGGAUUAAUUCUUUCGAUUCUCGCAUUGCUAACAGAAAAAAGAAACUUGAAUAAAUGUGGCCUAGUACCAAA